CUGUGAUACUCCCGACAGAUGGUAUGAAACGUUCAAUUCUCACACUCACUCUCCGCCUGCUCUUCAAACGCCACACUCCCAAAUCCCAAAUGUCUUCCUCUAAAAACCAUUAGUAAAAUUCCCAACAUACAAAAACAAGAUUUCUUCCAGUUUCUCUUCAUCUUCUUCGAACUCUCUACUUUUCCCCUAUCAAAUUUAUUUCAAGGAAAAGAAGUCUUGGAAAACAUGUGCACUAUCGGUGGGUGUAGUAAUGGCAUCCUAGAUAGCUAACUGUCAUGGCAAGACAACCAGCCAGGAUGAGACUUGAAAUUCAUCAUCUUACAUUGACCGUUAGCUACGUUUGCAUUAUUCGGAUUCCUUGGCAAUCCAGUAAGAACAAUGUUGCCUCAUGGAAAACACUAGUAUGAAAUUCAGAUAAUAUCCCGUGUGUUUAAUAUCUCAGUCUAAAAUUAUAAAACACCGGUAUUUCUUUUUUCAUUUUCUCUCAAAGAUGUUAUUCAAAAAUGACAUAGAGACCCCAAAAUCUCUGCAGAACAGAUUUCAUUUCUUCUUAAAUUAAAGUAAUCUCCAAAAAUCUCUCCUCUCCUCCUCUUCACUUGAAUCAAGAAAUUGUAUUCCAAAGCAUUAUCAGUAUUAGGCAGAGGAGCAAAAGGAGUUGUAUUCCAAGUCCAAGAACAACAACAAACAUUAGCUUUGAAGGUCAUUUCUAAAUCAUUUAUUCAGAACAAAAAUAAGAAUCAAGAUGAAAAGGGAUCAUCAUCAGAAGAAGAAGAUAUUUACAGAAGGAUUUGGUUUGAAAGAGAUGUAUUGAAAUUGUUUGAUCAUCCUCUGUUGCCUAAACUCAAAGGUGUUAUUGUUACUGAUGAAAUCGUGGGGUUCGCUAUUGAUUAUUGUAAUGGCGGUGAUCUUAGUUCUCUCCGGAAAAAACAGUCGGAGAAAAUGUUUUCCGAUUACAUUAUCAGGUUUUUUUGCUGCUGAAUUAGUACUUGCAUUGGAGUAUCUACACGGAUUAGGGAUUGUUUACAGAGAUUUGAAGCCGGAAAAUAUUAUGGUUCAGGAAAACGGGCUCGUUGAUUUCGAUCUUUCUACCAAAAUCUCAAUGAAAUCUGAAAAUUUACAACCUCGAUCUCCAACUAAUCAUUCAAUCUCCUCCAAAGAAAUAAAGAAGAAGAAAAAACGGUUCCCGAUUUUAAACUUCUGCAGUUCAGGGAUCGGUUCAUAUGAAUCGGAGCGUCAUUCCGAAGCGAGAGUGAACUCGGUAAGAUCUGACUCAGAGAAAUCUAACUCGUUUGUCGGGGCGGAAGAAUACGUAGCGCCGGAGAUUAUAUCAGGGAACGGUCACGAUUUCUCCGUUGAUUGGUGGGGGCUUGGGGUUGUGUUGUAUGAAAUGUUAUAUGGUAAGACAUCGUUUCGGGGAGUAAACCGGCAAGAAACGUUUUUUCGGAUUUUGACAUUAACUCCUCAAUUGGUUGGUGAAUAAACGGCAUUGAGAGAUUUUAUUGGGAAAUUACUAGAGAAGGAUCCGAGAAAGAGAAUAUGUUUGGAAGAAAUCAAGAAUCAUGAGUUUUUUCAGGGGUUAAAUUGGGAAAAGAUAUUGCAAAUCUCUAGACCACCGUUUAUUCCAUCUCCAAAUGUGGUGGAAGAAAAUGAUGUUGAUGAGGAUAUGAAGGUGAUUAAUGGAAUUGAUGUGAAGACAUUUGUACAUAUUGUUUUUAAUGGUUGUGAUGAAGUUGUGGCGGACAAAGAUGAGAUGAAGAAAAGUAAAGAUCAUUGGGUGGAGGGUUUGAGUAAUCCUACAACUAACAACAAAAAUGAGGAUUUCUUUGUUUUUUAAUUAUUUUUUUGAUAGAAGAUUAUUAAGUAGGAUGGAAUUAUUAUUCUUUAUGAAAACUAGAAAUUUGGCCCAA